AUGGUGUUCAGUGGCUUGGGUGGAAUGUGCCUUUAUGAUUUACCAAGAAGGAAAAUCUUUCGUCAUCUGAGACAGGAUCCAAAAUGCAAGAAAGGCUUCAAGGAGUGCAAGCCCUUCAGCUCUUUGAAACAGAGAUUGCAGGGAACAGAAAUCACCACUGUGAAGAAGCAGUACCCCUCCCAAAGUUUUUGUCUUUUUUUUCCAUUACAGAAACAGCCAGGGAAUAAAUCCAUCUGGACACAGCACCAUGAGGAUUUUAUUAAUGCUAUUCAAUCAGUCAAGCAAGUCACAAAAGCUCUGAAGGAGGGCCACCCUCUCCCACCUCCUCCCCCCACCAAGCUUCAAUCCAGGUUUGUGGGCUACUUUAUCUUAUUACUGCUCUCGUACUGA